UAAAAUGGCCUACUAUAAUCAGAAUUACCACUACCCAAAGAACUGGAAUGCCAACGGUCUCGGGUGGAUCAAUCCGGCCGCAUUUGCCCAAUCGCCACCUGCUUCCCAGUGGCCAACCGUGCCAAGCCCAGGCUCUUCCGGUUAUUCCAGCCUUAAUCCAUCCAUUUCGGGCCAAUCGCUUUCGUACGGAUUUAAUCCGAACGUUAUGCCCGCGCUCCCGGACAGUGGGUACGGAUAUCCACCGGCGAACGCAAACCUGCCCUAUCCGACGAUGGGAUUCGCUGCGUUCGGUUCACCGAUGGACUACUCCGUGCCGGAUCUACCGCCCCCGGUGCCGGAUGCACUGUUGCGGGGCGGUGAACCCGUUGCGUCCUGUGAGGAGAUUCCGUUCCAGGCUAUUAGCAUACCGAUCGCCGAGGGUAUGUUUUCGCCGCUUGGAGAUCGCAACAGAGGUCAACGAACAAGUGCCGAUGUGCAAGAUUUUUACCAAAUCCGCCAACAGUGCCUCGAGAAUGGUACGCUGUUCGAAGAUCCCGAGUUCCCGGCGUCGGCCUCCUCGCUGAUGUACUCGCAGCGUCCCGAUCGACAUUACGAAUGGCUCCGUCCGCACGAGAUCUGUGAUGGUCCGGAGUUUUUCGUCGAAGGUUUCUCGCGGUUCGAUGUGCAGCAGGGUGAGCUGGGCGAUUGCUGGCUGCUGGCCGCCUGUGCCAAUCUGACGCAAGACCACAAGAUGUUCCUGCGCGUGGUGCCGGACGAUAAUAGCUUCGAGGACGAUUAUGCCGGUGUGUUUCACUUCCGCUUUUGGCAGUACGGCAAGUGGGUCGAUGUGGUGAUUGACGAUCGGCUGCCGACGUACCGGGGACAGCUAAUAUACAUGCGCUCGUCCGAGCAGAACGAGUUCUGGAGCGCACUGCUCGAGAAGGCCUAUGCCAAACUGCACGGUUCGUACGAAUCUUUGCGCGGAGGUACUACCUGUGAAGCGAUGGAAGACUUCACCGGUGGUGUUGCCGAAAUGUACGAUCUGAAGGACCAAACGCCACCGAACCUGUUCGAAAUCAUCGAGAAGGGCUUUAAGCGUAACUCCAUGUUUGGGUGCAGUAUUGAGGCGGACCCGCACGUGCUGGAAGCGGAAACGCCGGAAGGUUUAAUCCGUGGCCAUGCGUACUCCAUCACGAAGAUCCAGAUGGUGGACAUAGAAACGCCGGGACGAUCGGGCAAGAUACCGCUGAUUCGGCUCCGAAAUCCGUGGGGCAAUGAGGCCGAAUGGAAUGGACCGUGGAGCGAUAAGUCGGCCGAAUGGCGCUACAUCCCGGACGAGCAGAAGCAAGAGCUCGGGCUGAACUUUGACCACGACGGCGAGUUCUGGAUGUCGUACCGUGACUUUACGCGCUAUUUCGAUCGUAUGGAAAUCUGUAACUUGAGUCCGGACUCGUUAAGCGACGACGAGUUAACGCGUGGCAAGAUCUGCUGGGAGAUGUCGAUGUUCGAGGGCGAAUGGGCACCCGGUAGUACGGCGGGCGGGUGCCGUAACUAUCUCGACACGUUCUGGCACAAUCCACAGUACGUGAUACGGCUGGAAGAUCCGGACGAGGAUGAUGCCGAGGGUAACUGUACGGUGAUCAUAGCGCUGUUGCAAAAGAACCGUCGGGCAAGGAGAAAUAUGGGUGUGGAAUGUUUAACGAUCGGGUUCGCCGUGUACCGUGUGACGGAGCGCGAUUUGGCGCAGAAACCGCUGAAGAUGAACUUCUUCAAGUAUAAUGCAUCGGCGGCACGUUCGCCUGCGUUCAUUAAUCUGCGUGAGGUGAGCUGUCGGUUUAAGCUUCCGCCCGGUACGUACGUGAUCGUGCCGUCCACGUUCGAACCGAACGAGGAGGGUGAAUUUAUUAUUCGCGUGUUCUCCGAAACUGCCAACAGUAUGGAGGAAAAUGAUGAAAAUGUCGGCGUUGGUGACCUUGAUGAUCGGAUUGCGCCCGAUGUACCCGGAUAUGUACAACCGUCACCGCAACGGCAAGCCAUGGAACGUCUGUUUCUGGAUGUUGCCGGUGCAGAUGGUGAGGUUGACUGGGUUGAGCUGAAGCGUAUCCUCGAUCAUUCCUUCCGUGAUGAUCUGCCGAAAACGAACUCAGUGAACGGGCUGAACCAGAAGCAGACGUACGCAUCGCAACAGAACGCCGAAGUCGGUGCCGGGCCGGGUGGUGCCGGCGGUAUAGAGGAUCUACUGAGCAUGCUGCUGAACAUGUGCUGCAAAGGUAUCCAGGGUGAUGGAGAUGGCGGUGGUGGCGGCGGCGGCACACGUCCUUCCGGUCCGGCCACACUGGAAAGUCAAAUCCUACCGAACCAGCCGCUGCAUGACAACAUUUCCGCCGAAGGCUUCUCGAAGGACGUGUGCCGUGCGAUGGUAGCCAUGCUGGAUGUGGAUCACACCGGCAAACUAGGUUUCGAAGAAUUCCAGCAACUGCUAACGGACAUCGCAAAAUGGAAGGCCGUGUUCAAGCUGUACGAUACCGAGGGUUCCGGUCGGCUGAGCCCGUUCCAGCUGCGCGAAGCGCUCAACUCGGCCGGCUACCAUCUAAACAACCGGAUACUGAAUGCGCUGGUGCAUCGGUACGGGUCGCGCAGUGGAACGAUCCCGUUCGACGAUUUCAUCAUGUGCGCUGUCAAGAUUAAAACAAUGAUCGAAAUCUUCCGCGAGCGUGACACCGACGGUACAAAUCAGGCCACGUUCAGCAUGGACGAGUGGGUCGAAAAGACGCUUUACUCGUAAAGCUGGUUUGCGUCUACGCCGCAUCAUCAACAUCACUCC